UCGAGGGGGCUUGCGACGACGUGCCCGCUGCAACUGUUGCGGCAGCUUUCGCUGCCAAGUUCGGCAUCAGGCAGGCGGACGUCACCGUCGUGCGCCACUACCCCGAGCAGUUCUUUGUCCGGUUCAUGUACCAGCACCACUGCGCCAAUGCAACGGACCGCGGCGACUUCCACCAUGACGGCCUCCACAUCUUCGUGCGCGCCUGGCGCCUGGAAGCCCAUGCUGAGAAUGAAGACCAGCUGCAUCACGUGCGCCUCUGCAUCGAAGCAAUUCCUGUCCAUGGCUGGAACAACUACGUCGCCACGUUCGUCAUUGGGCACGGCUGCUCUCUGGACUACAUCGAGAACAGGUCGCUACGAAGGGAGGACACGAGGUACCUCGCGCUGUGGGCGUGGACCGCCAACCCCGACGCGAUCCUGAAGGUCAAGUGGCUCACUUUGCCGGCACGCGGCCAGCGGCGGCGUGGGCGGCGUGGCCUGCGGCACCGCGUGCUCAUUCAUCUGGACCUGCACGAGGACCACUCCAACGCACGCGAAGAUGACGACAAUCCUCCCACCCCAGACGUGAACGAGUUCACCUGGUACCCAGACAUCGUCAAUGGUGCUCCGCCUCCUGGCCGCCGGCGCAUGGCUCCGGCUGCUCGCGACGACCGCCGCAACACGCGGCGCGACGACGCUGACGACUGCGAUGGCGGCCGUAGUAGAGAUGGCUCAAGAGGUCAGACAGGGUGGGGCGACUGCAUCCGUCGGUCUCUCUCCCGCAACGCGCGGGAGCGCCAGCGCGGGGCGGACUAG